CACGUGACACAAGGCUGACAGUAGUGGCUGCCAGUACGAGGUGGCUGGAGAUUAUACUGACGAUCACUGGCACACUUUCGACAAAGAUAGCCAUGGAUGAAGACGGUCUGCCGAUUGUCGGCUCGGGAGUUGAUCUGACAAAGGUCCCGGCUAUCCCGCAGAAAAGAGUCGUUGCGUUUCUCAACCAGUUCAUUGUGCAUACGGUCAGGUUCCUCAACCGGUUUUCCACUGUCUGUGAAGAGAAAUUGGCCAGCAUAUCCCUUAGGAUUCAGCAAAUUGAAACCACUCUCAGCAUUUUGGAAGCGAAGCUGUCCUCUAUCCCUGGUCUGGAGGACGUGAGAGUGGAGGGAGCCACUCGUGCACAGGCUGAGUCUAAUGGCCCCGUGCUGAUGUCUGGGCAGUCAGAGAACCCCACAGCAGCGUCAUCUCCAGAGAACCCAGAGGAAGCACAACAGCAACACCGGGCAGAUGAGGGUAGAGAUAACAUCAUGACUGUGUCCAAAGACCCACGAUAUGCGAGAUACUUAAAGAUGGUGCAAGUGGGUGUUCCUGUCAUGGCCAUAAAAAACAAGAUGAUACUCGAAGGUUUGGAUCCCAGCCUGCUGGAUAAUCCUGAAGCUCCGGUGCCAGAUGGAGGAAAGAAGGAUGUAGACGAGGAAGACAAUAGCUCCGGCAGCGAAUCAUCCUUCAGCGACUGAUCUCCUCCCGUGACGCAGCCAUCUCACUUUAGCAUUAAAAGACUGGAAUAAACAUCACUGGCUCCUAUACCAUUCUCGCUCACGCCAGACCGGCGGUUCUGCGAUGGCUGGGACCACAUCGGUGUAGAAACUCAAAUUGUAUGCGCUCCCAGGGGGGAACAAUGUGUGAUCACUGGGUGUAAUAGGAAUGAAACGGGAAGGAGAUACUGGGGCUCCCCUGCUAGGCGUAACUGCAGUGAACACCUGCAGGUGUGUGUCACACCCAAAGACAUGUGACACAUGACUCAGCGAAGGCCUAAUAUGGACAUGCACUUAUCAGGGGGUUUGUUCUUAAAUGAAGUUUUCAGUCUAGCUAGGCUACUGAUUGAAGAUCUAGCUUAGGUGUUAUUAGUAAGAGCUGGAAAGUCCAAAGUAGCGUCAUCCAGAGUCUGUCUCAGCUGUUCUUUACUCUUAAUGGCUCCUGUUCUGUUUCAUCCCAAAUAUGUCUCUUUGAGUUCUUAUUGGCUAACACAUCCCCGUGUAGCACAGCAUUUAUGCUAGAUGUCGUCACUAGAGACAGCCGAGUUGUCUUAAAACAAGAGUUCUAAUUAAACCCCAGUGUUUCGUGAUGGAUUCUGAUGGGCUAUUCAUAUGUGAGCUUGUUUGGUUCAUCAGGGAGUUUUGAGUGUCUGAGGAAUUUCGAGGAGGACUAAAUGGAGAAUUGGGGGGUCGGGUUUUGGACAUUUCAUCCAUGGCCCAUGAGCCUAUGCUGCGCUUUAGUGUUCAUUAAUAAAAUGUGUCUAACCUAC